CUUGAAGCUAAGAAACUGUGCAAACUAAGCCUUCUCUUUGCUUGUUUGUCCCCUCUUUCCUGUGAGCUUCUUUGUCUUUUUUCCUUUGUCCUCAAACGCUCAUUUCCCUUAUUGCUUCUCACUAAAGGUAAUUAAUUAAAAGCAGAAGAAUAAUCAGAAUGAUGGCAGGUAGUGGACAACUAACAGUUCCACCAGGGUUCCGGUUCCAUCCAACUGAUGAGGAGCUUCUCUACUAUUACCUAAGGAAGAAAGUUUCAUAUGAAGCCAUUGACCUUGAUGUCAUUAGAGAGGUUGAUCUCAACAAACUUGAACCUUGGGACCUCAAAGAUAAAUGCAGAAUAGGAUCAGGGCCUCAGAACGAGUGGUAUUUCUUCAGUCACAAAGACAAGAAGUACCCAACAGGAACAAGGACCAAUAGGGCAACCACUGCUGGUUUCUGGAAAGCCACUGGGAGGGACAAGGCCAUAUACCAUACUAGCAAUUCCAAGAGGAUUGGGAUGAGAAAAACCCUAGUUUUCUACACCGGCCGUGCGCCCCACGGCCAGAAGACUGACUGGAUCAUGCAUGAGUACCGCCUAGACGAAGACGAUGCCGAGGUUCAGGAGGAUGGGUGGGUGGUGUGUAGGGUUUUCAAGAAGAAAAACCAAAGCAGAGGGUUUCAACAAGAAAUUGAAGAAGAAGAACAUCAUCACUUAGCAGCAGCACAUCAACACAUGAGAGGAGUAGCAAGCCAACAAGUUCUGGACCCAAAACACCACCACCACUUGCAACAUCAUCAAGGACUCUAUGAUAAUGAAAAUAAUAAUAAUUACACCAAUAAUUUUGAUGGAUCCAUGCAUCUUCCACAGUUGUUCAGUCCAGAAUCUUCCGUGGCUACUGCGGCGGCGCACACUUCCAUGAAUGCCAUGGACAUUCUUGAAUGCUCCCAGAACCUUCUAAGGCUCACAACAACAAGUGGAUGUGGACUCAAUCUCAUGCAACAACAACAUGGAGAGAGGUUCAAUGGUGAUUGGUCUUUCUUGGAUAAGCUUCUUGCUUCACACCAUGGCAGCACCAUGGAUCAUCAUCAGCAUCAUCAUCAUCAUAGCAAAUGUAACAAUAAUCUUCAUCAUCAGCAUUCUGCAAUUGCUAUUGGAACUACUUCAUCUCAGAAAUUCCCAUUUCACCACCUUGGUUGUGACAACCAUGAUAUCAUGAAGUUUUCCAAGUAGGGUUAUUAUGAAAAAUAAUAAUAUAAUUAUUAUUAUUAUUAUUAUUAUCAUAAAAGAUGAUGAGGUGAGAAUCAGAAACUUCCUUUCUAGUAUAUGUAUUUCAGAGUAUCCUCCUGUUUGUUAGGUACUCAUUGGAAAAAUUCUCCCACUCAUUAAUAUUUAUUAGCAUUUCUUUAUUUUGAGUAUCAAUUGUGUAUAGGUAUGUAUCUUUGUUAUAUU